UAUACCAAAUAGAUAUAUAUUUUUUACUGUUUUUGAUGGUGUUACAAGAUGAUACAACUGUCACAAAAGAAGAAAUUUGCUACAGAUAAUUUUGAAAAUAGUGCAGUAUAGUAUUCCGUUAUUCCGAGUAAUUGGAUAGCCUAUCAACAAGAUGGAGAUUAACGAACCCACGUCGAAUGGUCAUGCUUCAGAUAACAACAACAUUAAAGCGAUAAACGACGAUGAGUAUCUAUCAGAUUUCUUGCGAAACCAUCGGGACUUUGAUGUUGAUAAAGUCCAAAGUGUGCGAGAAAUCCGUGAAAUAGCUGAGAACAAAUUAUCGCAGAACGCGAGCCUAUACUACAAUUGUGGAUCUGGACUCCAUGAGCAGACCCUUCUGGACAACGAGCUUGCAUUCAAACAAUACAGAUUUAGACCAAGAGUUCUAAGAGAUGUUGCCGUACGAGACAUGACCACUUCUGUAUUGGCAAGCAAGGUGGAUCUACCAUUUGGUAUAUCUCCAACAGCUCUGCAUAAAUACGCCCACGAUGAUGCCGAACCAGCUGUUGCAAGUGCAGCUCGACAUUUGAAUGCUCUACUCGUAUGUAGCACUUUUUCAAGCAAAAGCCUCGAGGAAAUAGCCGAGUCUGCCCCCAAGUCUAUAAAAUGGUUCCAAACAUAUAUCUUUGAACCGAGGGAUAUCACGUUGAACCUUGUCAAACGUGCUGAAAAGGCGGGUUUUAAAGCAAUUGUAAUAACCGUUGAUCAUCCUCUUACGCCAAAACGACCAUACAAAUACAAAUAUACAGUGUUGAAUAACUUUUUACCCGAACUCUUCUUUGGUAAUUUUGGCAUGGGUGACGAUACAGAGCCAUUCAAUGCAUCUGUAACAUGGGACGACAUUGAUUGGUUGAGAGGAGUUACAGCGCUACCUAUUGUUGUAAAGGGAGUGUUGACACCAGAUGACGCUGUGAUAGCUGUACAGCAUGGUGUACAUGGUAUAUGGGUGUCCAACCAUGGUGGCAGACAGUUAGAUGGUGCUAUCGCAUCGGUCGAUGCCCUACCAGAUAUAGUAGCUGCGGUGGAAGGACAUUGUGAAGUGUAUGUAGAUGGGGGCGUGAGACAUGGCUAUGACGUACUGAAAGCUUUGGCUCUCGGAGCGAAUAUGGUAUUCAUAGGGAGGCCUCCAAUCUGGGGCCUAGCAGCUGGUGGGGAGAGGGGAGUAAGGAGGGUGUUAGAGAUAUUGAGGGACGAACUGAGUGAGGGAAUGGCACUAACGGGAUGCGCAGAACUAAGUGACAUUAGCAAGGAAAUGGUUGUGAAAAAGACAUAUCGUUAAAAACACUAAACAAAAGAAGAAAUAAUAUACAAAUAAUAACAAUAAUAACAUCUUUGUCUACAUACCCAUGAGCUACAAUAGAGGGGUCGGGUAAAAUCUGUAGAAGUGUAUGCAUAUUAUAAAAAUAGUGACUGCCAUUGUGUUAAAUAGUGUACAAAUAGUGACU